AUGUGGCUCGCGCGCGUAAUCGCGUUAACCGCGUGUUUUAUCGCCGUGAGGUGCAUCAAUCCCAAAAUUACGGACCAAAAUUACGCGCUCACGUUCAAUUACCUACAGAAAUACGGAUAUCUGUCCAAAGAUGUGGACGCGGUUCCAGCUCAGAGACAAAACGACGUUCUUCGCAAAGCCUUCGAGGAUUUUCAGAAUUACUACGAUUUACCCAGCGAUGGAACGCCUAACAACGAAACGCUGCAAUUGAUGAAUAAGCCGCGAUGCGGUUUCCGAGAUAUCCUGAACCACGGAACGAAAGCGAGUCUAUCCAAAUGGCCGAAGACGCACCUGACAUGGAAUUUUUACGUAGCCGACGAGGCCGAGCUGAGCACAACGCAGCAUUCGGCAUUAACGUUUGAACGCUCCGAAACGAAUCCCGAUUAUAAUAUCUUGGCGACGCCUACGUCACUAUAA